GACGCCUCGCUCUCUCCUUUUGGAGGGAAUCUUCCCGGUUGGCCGAGAAGGGCCGACACGGACACCUUCCCAGCAUCCAUCGGAGAGGAGGCCAACCUGCGGGACAGAAAACUGGCCGCCUCCACGAAUAUGAGUGACUUUUGGCACAAGCUGGGCUGCUGUGUUGUAGAAAAACCACAGCCGAAACGGACGAGGCGAAGAAUCGACCGCACCAUGAUAGGGGAGCCGAUGAAUUUUGUCCACCUGACGCACAUCGGGUCUGGCGACAUGGUGAACGAGGGGCUUCCUAUGACUGGAGCUGUACAAGAAAUGAGAUCUAAAUGCGGCCGAGACCGACAAUGGAGCAAUUCUCACAUUUUGUAGCUCUGAGGGAUGUAUACUUGUGUUGUUUUUCCCUUCCAGUGUUCCAGGCUAAUGAAUAAAAACCAAAAACACACACACAAAAAUAUCUCUAGAUAGGUAUGCAUAGAAGCACCGCUCACUUGAAUUACAUGUUGUGCUUGUCAGGAUGUGUUGACUGUUUCAAGGAACGCUGAGGAUUUUAAUUCGUCAAUAACUUAUGCAAACCGAUUCUGAUAUUUUUCUUUUUGCUUUGUUUUUAAUCUUUUUUUUAAAGAGCAAAAGCAACAAAAUAUAUUUCUUUUCCUCUGCAUCUAAUAUCUCUUCGCCGACUCUGCAGGACUGGGUGGACGGAAUCAUCGCGGCACUUUUCCUUCUGACACAUUUCAGCAACUUGGGGUGUUCCCCCCCCCGCACACACACACUGUUCUCUGUUUUUAUAGAUACUGUAUAUAUAUAUUUUGCUUUGCAAGGAAGAUUGUCGAUCUUCAAAAGAUGAUGGCCAGCGCUUCAGCAGCUCACCAAAGCAUUCUAUCAGCUUAUUUAUCAUUUUUCCUUUUUUUCAAUUUUGUGGCAUUUUUCUCAUCUGGAGAAAUUACCGGCAAGAUUGUUGGGUUUGUGUAUUUCCCACCCACCCUCCUUGAGAAGUUUAUUCACUGGAUUUUAAAAGAAAUUCUAGAGCAUCAAAGGGAUGCCCACAUGAGAAAGCAAAGGUUUUUGGCGCGCCUGGAAUAGGAAAUGCACAGGACUGUGGUUGGUGACGUCCCUGCCACUGGCCACCCGAUGCCUUCUAUAGCCCACAAGUGCCCUCCACUUCAACCAAGGCUGUGCAGGAAUGUUUUCUGUGGAUCUGAACCCAUGCUGAUGAGGAAUGGCAGGACUCCUCUGGAUUAUUCUCUGCCAGUGCCUCUUGUGUCUGUCUAUCUGUCCGUCCAUCAUUUUUGAAAUUUGUCUCCUCCAAGCCUUUUGGGAAACAUUGUGGGGAGAUGAUCCCCAGAAUGAUAUUUAGGGCAGACUAAUGAUCAAGGCAUCCAGCCCCAACUGGCUUUCGCUGUGGGUUUGUCAGCUAUCAAGCAGCUGUCAAAAGGAGAACUCAGUCAUUCAUUCUGUCACAGGCGUGGGGUUGGCUGAAAUGUUACAACGUGGUGGGGAAAAGCGUGUCUUUGUGUUCAAGCCUUCCCUGUGGCCAUUGCAGUCCUAGGUGGGUUCCCUUAAAAGAGGGACCUAAUUAGAAGGUAUUUCGGAAUGCUUCUUCCCACCCCCUGGGGGUCUGAUCCUUUUCUUGUGUUCCUCUGUGAGAGCGGAGAAGGCGUUAAUGGAAAAUGUUCUUGCACAAGCACACUGGAAUUGUGGGCAACCUUAUGUGAGAGACCCCGUUUCCUUGCACGCUCCCCCUUUUAUAAUGCGCUUGUGGAUGAAUUUUUUUUUAAUAUGGACAUAUUUUAUUCAGAGACGAAGAGAAGAUCAUGAGAUUACAGCUGUCUUCUUUUUUUAAAGGACAACAAUUUUCUAGAGAAGUAAACCCGUGUUUUGAAUUCCAUUUGUCAGAUUGGUCCAAACUAAAAACAUCUGGGCACCUGGAAGCUUUUUUAACCCUGGCACCCUGGGGUGGGGGUGGGGGGGAGAGGCACCUGCCUCUGAGGCCGCCUUUCUCUCUAGGUGGUGGACGUAUUGCAGACAAUAUGAUGCCCCCAUGGCUGAACUCUGGAAUCGCAUUUCCACUGCAAGAAGAUCACCUUACCUUAAAAAGCUGAAGAAGAAGAAAAAAAGAAGCCUCUUUCAUGUGGAGUGUCCCUGGGGAAUAGCUGAUUUAUGUUUGUUGAUUAUGGCAGAAGUGAACAAAACAAAACAAAAUACUUUGUUUUUUCCAAGUCAAGAUAAGCACAAGGUUGCUUUAAAAUAACACACAGCUAUUAUAUGGCAGACUUGAUACAGACCUGACUUGAUAGUUUUAACUAGGAAUUUGUUUGCUGUUACCUUGGGAAAGUGACUUUGGACUAUGACUCCCAAAAUCCUUUAUGGCAGGGGAUUCUUGGUCUUGUAAUACAACAUUUUCCUGA